AUGUUAUUGUUGUACUAUGCUAAUGCGACGAGGAUCACAUUUAUGUGUCAAAAAGCAUGGGAUCCAGAGAAAACUCGAGUUACCAUUACAGCUGGUGAUUCUACAAUGUAAGUUGGCAUGGGCGGGCUUUGCAGGUUGCUGUAACCAGGGCCAGGCGGGAGCUUUUGGUCUGGGGGCGUGGGUCAAAAAACUUUUUUUCCAAAAGAUCCACGGGGAGACCAUGUUCAACUUUUUUUGAAAAUUUUUUUUGACGGUAAAUACUUUUUUACACUUUCUACCUUUCAUUUACUUACAUUAAAAUUACGUUGACGGUAGACUAGUAAAGGGACCGGAUCUUGAUUUAGGCCUGGGCCCUUUUGCUUAAGUGUUUCCUAGUCUGAUCCAACCUCGUGGGCCUUUUUCAGCUUUAGCUCACUAUAAUAAAAGGCAACACAUAAACAACUAUGGAUAAAAAAAUCAAAAAAUUUUAAUAUUGUACAUUUGUUUUCAAUACAUUUUAAAAUUCGUUACAGGACAAUGGGUCUAGAUCAUAAGAACGGAAUUCACUUUGCGAUUUCCGGUUCGGAACGGCCAAAAAUGGAGAUUAUUCACGAUUGCGGUGGAACAAAACGAAAAUCAACAGUUUUACUUAUCGGUCAGACAAACAUUGAUCUUACUUCUAUUUAA